UAUAUCGAAAUAUAUAACAAGAUACUUACCUAGGUACCCUACCUAUGUUUCUACCUUACUAACACGUCCGGCUUGGAAAACCAUUAUCCUUUUCGAGAUUUUGAUACUGUGGUUAAUAGGCACGUUAUUUCCACUUCAAGUCAAGUUAGCACAGCCAUGACAAACAACAGUGUACCUCCGAUGCCACUGGAGGCAUCCGGAAAUAUGACCAUGAGUAUGUCAACUACUACAGCGACAUCGCGAAAGUUACCGAUGCGGGGACCAGUUUCCCGGACGGUAACUGGAGUGCAAUUUCCAUCGGAUCAAUCCAUACAUCCCAGUCAUACAACAACAGCAACAACCUCGAGAACUUCCACAACAAAUAGCUCAUCUAUGGCCAACAUACAGCUUAAUCGAACUCGCAGUAGAGAAAAAGCCUUGAACAUGGAACGUAUUAAUCUAGCGGGACAACUCAGUGAUCAACAGAAGCUAUGCGCAAGAUUGGAAGCUACUAUCAUUAGUCUACAGGACGAGGUAACUAGCCUUAGUAUUAGCAAGGAAACACUCGAAGCCGAAUGUGAAAGGCUUCACGGACAAAUACAUGCGGCAGAUGAAAAUUCCAAAUCUCAGACUACCGAAGCUGAACAGCGAGAAAAGGCUUUGUCGGAUAAAAUUACAGAUCUGGAAUCCAGACUCAAUAAAAUACUCAAGAGCCUCGAGGAUACGAAAUACGACCUAGGCAUGGUUCAGUUAGCCUACACUCAGGUUGUCAAUGCUCGUAAUCAGCAAGUCAGCAAGGUCCAACAGCUUGAGCUAGACCUUAAGGCAGACCGAGCUAAAAUCCACGACCUCAACGACUCGUGCAAGAAUCUACAAGAAAAGAAUUACAACGCAGACCUUGCUAUUUACAAUAUGGAAAAGUCACACCAAUCGCGCGAACGCGAGCUUCAGCAGCGGCUCACUUCCAAAGGUACCGAGAUUAAGGACCUUAAGCGAGAACUCAACACCCUUCGAGGCACUUCUGCGGAUGCUGUUGCGAAGAAAGAAGCUGUGCAGAAAGAACUUGCAGCUCGGAGUGAUGAAUUCAAGGCAGAAUCCCAAAAGUUACAGCAUAGUUUCGACGAGCUACAAAAAUCCACCGCACCCUUCGACCAGACGAUAGUUAUUUGUGUUGAUGUCAGCGGCAGUGUAGCUUCAGUAAUCCACGAGGUUAAGCAGGUCUACAGAGACGUCUUGCAUAUCAUCAAAUCAAAUAACAGCAAUGCUGAAGUUGCUGUUGUGGUUCAUGGGAGUUAUGUGAAGAUGGAUCCUUCGCCUACCCAAACCAUUAAAGAUGGGACGUUUCGGAUUCUGGACGGCAUUAAUAGUAUAGGAACCGAAGAUUAUACUUAUUGCAUGGAACAAGCCAGAAACAUCCUUCACCGUGUAGGUGUUGGUAGCAAAAAGUGUAUAGUACUUAUUGGAGAUGGAGAUGCGAUCUGCUCGAGCAGUACCUCCCUUUUCGCAACUUGCGAUCAGCUGAAGUCCGCAAAUAUUCAGGCGCACUCAGUUAUCAUUACCAAUGUUCCAAAUCGGUGUAGAUACGCGGAGAUGCGAGCUAUUUCCAAGUCUACUGGUGGUCGAGUUGAGGACAAGUAUACCUACUUGUCGGCUAUUGAGGAAAUUCUCCGUCAUCAACGCGAGCAACAUUUCAAGGCCCUCUAG